AUGGUAUCACAACUCUCCAUUCAAAUAAGGAGGCUUUCCAUUCAAUCAAUGGUCAGAGCCACCGCUCCUUCAAAGGGUCAGACGCAAGGGUUCGCAAGGAAACAACAGUCGUCUUCAGGUAAUAAAAAAUCCUCCAGGAAGAAAAUAGGCAGGGAUACAUUGUACAAGAAUUGGGAAAACACUGUACAUACUGCUAAAUUGAAUAAGAGUGCCGUCUCAGUGAGUCUUCCGACAUUUCGUCCCACUGCUGCGGAACCAUGUUUAGUAAACGCCUUUUCGAAUGAUCAAUAUAAGAGUUUAUUUCACAUGGGUACCUUUAAAAAGGGGCAAUUCAACGAAUUGUUUCCCAAACCAGUGGCUUUGGUAAGAGAGAGUUCCACUUUAAAGUUCUUCAAACUUUUGAAAGAAUCCAAGGAUAGGAAGUAUAUAUUGACAGGCGAACCAGGGGUGGGGAAAACGGUUUUAUUGACACAAAUACAAGCGCUUGCUGUGGAUUCAAAAUAUUUAUCCCUACACAUCUCAUACCCAGACUUGUUCUUAAAUGGUACAAACAAUUUCUUUUAUGAUGAUGCCUCUAAAUUGUACAUUCAACCAAUGUAUCUUAAGAAAUUAUUAAGAAAAAUACGUAAAUCCAAUUCUGAGCAAAUAUUAAAAUCUAUCCCAUUAAAAAAUGAUUAUAAAUUAGCUAAUGCAAACCCUGAAGAUUCAUCCAUGAAACCUUUCAUUCAAUUAACGGCCAAGAAAAAUACAUUAUGGGAUCUAUUAGCGGCAAAGAUACAACCUCGUCAUAGAGGCAACCAAUUCGAAGGAGUUAUUAACGAAAUGGCUUUACAAAAGGCUACGCCAGUGUAUUUCACUGUGGACAACUUUUCAAAAAUAUUGACUGAUGCCUUCUCCGCAUAUAAGAACGUUAAUAACAAACCAAUCUAUUCAUUAGAUCUGCAAAUGGGGAAAAUAAUAAUGAAUAUAGUUAGUGGUAAUACCACUUUUGCAAAUCCAGAGAGUGCUGUCGUAUUGUCUAUUUCCGGUGUGGAUAGAACAAAUAGAACUUUACCGGUUGCUUUAGAUAAAGUGAAGGAGGAUCCAUAUGUAUCAAGACACUAUUAUGAACCAAAAUUCGUGGAACUCAUGCGCAAGGGAAAUGUGAAAGAAUUUGAAGUAACUAAAUUGGAUAAAGAUGAAGUGAAACAAUUAUUACAAUUCUAUAUACAAUCUGGCAUUGUGUUAGAUAAAGACACGAGUAUUGAUUUGAACACUUUGGUGAAUGAAAAAUACUUCCUAAGCGGAAAUGGGAAUCCAAGAGAGUUAAUAAAGAGUUUGGUACUACAACAUAGAUAA